UCGUGUCAGCCAGGAGACCGUCGAACAACUUGCCGACCCCCAGUGGCCGACCCUCAUAGGACGGCCUCCGACUACUUUCCAAAGACACCCGACGCACUUCUCGCCUUCAUUUUACGCCUUCAAAUAUGUCUAUGGUUCACGAUCUCGAGAAGAAUCAGUCGUCGACUGAGCAUAUCGAGGUGGCUCGUCAGCCGCCUGCGAUGAUACCCGCAGCUGCAUUGCCCUUGCCGAACCCUUCCAUUCUCGGUCUUUGGGCUUUCGCGCUCACCACCUUUGUUUUGUCCUUCUACAACGCCCAAGUGCGCGGAGUCUCGACGCCUAAUGUCGUAGUCUCCCUCGCCUUGUUCACCGGCGGCCUCGCACAAUUUACCGGAGGCGUCUGGGAAUUCGUCGUGCGCAACACGUUUGGUGGCACUGCUUUCGUCAUGUACGGCUGCUUCUGGCUGAGCUACGCCAUGAUUCUGCUCCCCGGGACCGGUAUCGCUGCAGCGUACGAAGAUCCGGUUAUGCUCGCAAAUGCGAUCGGCUUCUUCCUAACCGGUUGGGCAUUGCUGACCUUCAUGUUCUUUAUCGUCGCACUCCGCAAGAAUGUUGCCUUGACCGUCGUCUUCGGUUUGCUGUUCACCACCUUCUCCGUGCUCGCGGCCGGUGAAUUCAGCCAAGACUUGACGACUACCAAAGCGGGAGGCUACGUUGGCAUUCUGACGGCGCUCGCCGCGUUCUACACCGGCUUCGCGGGCAUGCUUGCGGGCGAGACCAACCCGCUCUUUACGCUUCCUGUUGGGCCGCUUUAAGCCGGUCCUCGAUUUGAGACAGGCACCCUGUGGAUGCGAUGAUCGUUUACGACCUACUGUACUGUACUAUACGAGUGAAAAAGAUCGCAAGGUUGACGGUG